UCUGUGACUUGCUAGUCGUGCACAUACAUGAGGCACAGAACACCCCUGUGAGAGCUGCAUUAGCAGGGACCGUGCAAAUCCUGGCAUAGGAACAGGCGUACAAGGGAGGAGCGAGCUCGCACAGGCAGGAAUAGUUGUAAAUUUGUGUUUUGCUGAAACACUGUUGCUGCUUUUAUGAGAUGAAUAAUUAAUAUCGCAAAGCUUAUUGUUCAGAGUGGCGAUUUUCAGGUCCCUCGGAUGGGGAUAUGGAGCUGUCGGAGGCAUAAACAUCUCAUCUAGCAAUUUCUUCAGCAGCGUGUUGUGCCUUUUAUUGUUCGAAUCUGCCUGGGAGUGGCUUUAAGAACCAGUAACCUGAUCUUUUAUCACUCUUGGAGGCUUCCUUUUCUGGUAUGCCCCGAUGCAUUCAACACAUGUCGGUAUUGUACGCGACCGGCAACCCGAGCGAUUCGGGCUCACUUUCUCUGUCUGUGAGAAACGGCAAAUCCUCUGCUGGUGAACGACUCUGAGACCUGUCAGUGUCUGCAGCUAAUUGCUGUGUGGCUCAUCAACUCCAUUUAAGAGACUGGGAGCGCUGUGGAUGACCAAGCUAGAAAGCAUUGACGAGAUCUUAUCUCGGGAGUAAAGACUGGUGAAGAAUGAGAGAGGAAAAUGGCUUUGCUUUUCUUUAGGGGGAUCGGACUGAUGUGAGAACACUCGGUUCCUCACUGGGGAAAACAGAGCAAGGCUAUGAGCGAUUCCAGGCUGUGCAGGAGGAGCAGAGACUGCCUUUACACAGCAGUUAUUCUGUUACUUGCCUGAGAAACGUCAGCAGAUGGACUUUGGUUUCAGUGCUGUGAAUACUCGCAGUGGCUUUGCAUGUUGGAAUACAAGCAGUGAUCUCUUCUAUUCCCCCUCCCCUGUAUAUUUACCAGCUGAAAAAUGAGUGAGGAAGCAAAGGAGAAAAAUGCUAAACCAGCUCACAGGAAAAAGAAAGGAAAAAAGUCUGACACAAAUGCAAGUUACCUGAGAGCUGCUCGAGCUGGCAACUUGGAAAAGGCUCUCGACUACUUAAAAAAUGGAGUGGACAUCAACAUUUCAAAUCAGAAUGGGUUGAAUGCUCUCCAUCUCGCUUCCAAAGAAGGACAUGUAGAAGUUGUCUCUGAACUGAUACAGCGAGGUGCCAGUGUGGAUGCAGCAACAAAGAAAGGAAACACAGCAUUGCACAUAGCAUCCCUCGCUGGACAAGCAGAAGUCGUCAAAGUUUUGGUUACGAAUCGAGCCAACGUCAAUGCACAGUCUCAGAAUGGCUUCACUCCACUGUACAUGGCAGCCCAAGAAAACCACCUGGAGGUUGUUAAGUUUCUUCUUGACAAUGGUGCCAGUCAAAGCCUUGCCACAGAGGAUGGUUUCACACCUCUGGCAGUGGCUUUGCAGCAAGGUCACGACCAGGUGGUUUCGCUGCUGCUCGAAAAUGAUACGAAGGGAAAAGUCCGUCUGCCCGCCCUUCACAUCGCUGCCCGCAAGGACGACACCAAGGCAGCAGCCCUGCUCCUGCAGAACGACCACAACGCUGAUGUGGAGUCAAAGAUGAUGGUGAAUAGAACAACAGAGAGCGGGUUCACUCCCCUCCACAUAGCUGCUCACUAUGGAAACAUCAAUGUAGCCACAUUGCUGUUAAAUCGGGGUGCUGCUGUGGACUUCACUGCAAGGAAUGAUAUCACACCAUUGCAUGUUGCAUCAAAAAGGGGCAACGCAAAUAUGGUCAAACUCCUACUUGAUCGAGGAGCUAAAAUUGAUGCCAAAACAAGGGAUGGGUUGACCCCCCUCCACUGUGGAGCAAGAAGUGGCCAUGAACAGGUUGUAGAAAUGCUGCUGGAUCGUGGUGCCCCUAUUCUUUCCAAAACCAAGAAUGGUUUGUCUCCGUUGCACAUGGCAACACAAGGAGAUCAUCUAAACUGUGUUCAGCUUCUGAUUCAGCACAACGUGCCUGUAGACGACGUCACUAAUGACUAUCUGACUGCGCUGCACGUCGCCGCCCACUGUGGCCACUACAAAGUUGCCAAGGUUCUCUUGGACAAGAAAGCUAAUCCUAAUGCCAAAGCACUGAAUGGUUUCACACCUCUUCACAUUGCCUGCAAGAAAAACAGAAUAAAAGUAAUGGAACUUCUUCUGAAGCACGGGGCAUCAAUUCAAGCUGUGACUGAGUCGGGCCUAACUCCAAUCCACGUUGCUGCCUUCAUGGGCCAUGUAAAUAUUGUAUCGCAGCUAAUGCAUCAUGGAGCAUCACCCAACACUACCAACGUGAGAGGAGAAACAGCACUGCACAUGGCUGCCAGGGCUGGCCAGACAGAGGUGGUGCGAUACCUGGUACAAAACGGAGCCCAGGUGGAGGCUAAAGCCAAGGAUGACCAAACACCGCUGCACAUUUCUGCUCGGCUGGGCAAAGCAGACAUUGUGCAGCAGCUGCUGCAGCAAGGAGCGUCUCCAAACGCAGCCACGACGUCUGGCUACACACCCCUGCAUCUUUCCGCUCGAGAAGGGCAUGAAGAUGUAGCUUCUGUUCUUUUGGAUCAUGGUGCAUCUUUGUCUAUCAUUACCAAGAAAGGAUUUACUCCGCUACAUGUGGCUGCAAAAUAUGGGAAAAUUGAGGUAGCCAACCUCCUGCUUCAGAAGAAUGCAUCUCCUGAUGCUUCUGGAAAGAGCGGUUUAACACCACUGCAUGUAGCUGCACACUACGAUAAUCAAAAAGUGGCACUCCUCCUGUUGGACCAGGGAGCUUCACCUCACGCCUCUGCCAAGAAUGGCUACACGCCACUGCACAUAGCUGCCAAGAAAAACCAGAUGGACAUAGCCACCACACUGCUGGAAUAUGGUGCUGAUCCCAACGCUGUCACCAGACAGGGCAUCGCCCCUGUGCACCUCGCCUCCCAGGACGGCCACGUGGACAUGGUGUCCUUGCUCCUUUCUAGAAAUGCUAAUGUAAAUCUCAGCAACAAGAGUGGACUGACGCCACUCCACCUGGCUGCUCAGGAGGACAGGGUCAAUGUAGCAGAGGUUCUUGUCAACCAAGGAGCUGCUGUUGAUUCACAGACAAAGAUGGGAUACACUCCUUUGCAUGUUGGCUGCCACUACGGAAACAUAAAAAUUGUUAACUUCCUUCUGCAACAUUCUGCAAAAGUCAAUGCCAAAACGAAGAACGGGUACACGCCGCUGCACCAGGCAGCGCAGCAGGGGCACACCCACAUCAUCAACGUCCUGCUCCAGCACGGCGCGGCGCCCAACGAGCUCACUGUGAAUGGAAACACUGCCCUCGCCAUUGCUAAGCGACUUGGCUACAUUUCAGUUGUUGACACAUUGAAGGUGGUGACAGAAGAGACCAUGACUACAAUUACUGUUACAGAAAAGCACAAGUUGAAUGUACCUGAAACCAUGAAUGAAGUUCUGGAUAUGUCUGAUGAUGAAGUUCGUAAAGCCAAUGCCCCUGAAAUACUCAGUGAUGCUGAAUAUUUGUCAGAUGUUGAAGAAGGUGAGGAUGCAAUGACAGGCGAUACGGACAAAUACCUCGGACCCCAGGAUCUGAAAGAGCUGGGAGAUGACUCCUUGCCUGCUGAAGGAUACAUGGGCUUUAGCCUGGGCGCCCGCUCCGCCAGCCUCCGCUCCUUCAGUUCGGAUAGGUCCUACACGCUGAACAGGAGUUCUUAUGCCCGGGACAGCAUGAUGAUUGAAGAGCUGCUGGUACCAGCAAAGGACCAGCACCUGACGUUUCAAAGGGAGUUUGAUUCUGAUUCUCUCAGGCACUAUAGCUGGGCUGCAGACACCUUGGACAAUGUUAACCUUGUUUCCAGUCCCAUCCAUUCUGGUUUCCUGGUUAGUUUUAUGGUUGAUGCACGUGGGGGUUCGAUGAGGGGCAGUCGCCACCAUGGAAUGAGAAUAAUCAUCCCACCGCGCAAAUGUACGGCCCCGACCCGCAUCACCUGCCGCUUGGUGAAGAGGCACAAACUGGCCAGCCCACCACCCAUGGUUGAAGGAGAAGGAUUGGCAAGUCGACUGGUAGAAAUGGGGCCAGCAGGGGCACAGUUUUUAGGCCCUGUCAUAGUGGAAAUCCCUCAUUUUGGAUCAAUGCGAGGAAAGGAAAGAGAACUAAUCGUGCUUCGAAGUGAAAACGGUGAAACGUGGAAGGAGCACCAGUAUGACAGCAAACACGAAGACUUGACUGAAAUACUAAAUGGCAUGGAUGAAGAGCUGGACAGCGUGGAGGAACUGGAGAAGAAGCGCAUCUGCAGGAUCGUCACAAAGGAUUUCCCCCAGUACUUUGCAGUGGUUUCACGAAUCAAGCAGGAGAGUAACCAAAUUGGCCCGGAGGGGGGGGUGCUGAGCAGCACGACGGUGCCACGUGUCCAGGCGUCCUUCCCCGAGGGUGCUCUCACCAAAAGGAUCCGUGUGGGGCUCCAGGCUCAACCAGUUCCAGAAGAGAUUGUCAAAAAAAUCCUUGGAAACAAAGCAACUUUCAGUCCCAUUGUCACUGUGGAACCAAGAAGAAGAAAAUUUCAUAAGCCAAUAACCAUGACAAUUCCUGUGCCGCCUCCAUCAGGAGAAGGUGUAACCAAUGGGUACAAAGGAGACACAACGCCCAGCCUUCGACUUCUAUGUAGCAUUACAGGAGGCACUUCACCUGCGCAGUGGGAGGACAUCACGGGCACCACUCCGCUGACGUUUUCAAAUGACUGUGUCUCCUUCACAACCAAUGUUUCAGCCAGAUUUUGGCUCGCAGACUGCCACCAAGUACUAGAGACUGUUGGGCUGGCAACACAGCUUUAUAGAGAAUUAAUAUGCGUUCCUUAUAUGGCAAAGUUUGUGAUAUUUGCCAAAAUGAAUGACCCUGUGGAAUCCAAUUUGCGUUGCUUCUGCAUGACCGAUGACAAAGUGGACAAAACUUUGGAGCAACAAGAGAACUUCGAAGAAGUUGCAAGAAGCAAAGACAUUGAGGUUCUGGAAGGAAAACCUAUUUACGUUGAUUGCUAUGGAAAUCUGGCCCCUUUGACUAAAGGAGGACAGCAGCUUGUUUUUAAUUUUUAUGCUUUCAAAGAAAAUAGACUGCCAUUCUCUAUCAAGGUAAGAGACACCAGCCAGGAACCCUGUGGUCGAUUAUCGUUUUUGAAAGAACCAAAGACUACAAAAGGACUGCCACAAACAGCUGUUUGCAACUUGAAUAUCACCCUGCCAGCACACAAAAAGGAAACAGAGUCAGAUCAAGAUGAUGAGACGGAGAAAGCUGACCGGCGCCAGAACUUCGUCUCCCUUGCUUUACGUAAGCGCUACAGCUAUCUGACUGAGCCUGGAAUGAAAACAGUUGAACGGAGUGCAGGAGCGACAAGAUCCCUGCCUGCUACUUACUCAUACAAGCCAUUCUUUUCAACACGGCCAUAUCAGUCAUGGACAACAGCUCCAAUUACAGUGCCUGGGCAAACCAAAUCAGGCUUUACAUCCUUAUCAAGCUCUUCCUCUAACACUCCUACAGCUUCCCCAUUAAAAUCAAUAUGGUCUGUUUCUUCUACUUCUCCAAUCAAAUCCACGUUAGGAGCUUCUACCACAUCUUCAGUUAAAUCCGUUAGUGAUGUAGCAUCUCCGAUUAGAUCAUUUCGGACAAUCUCUUCGCCAAUAAAAACUGUGGUAUCGCAACCUCCAUACAAUAUCCAGGUCACUUCAGGCUCUUUCGUCAGAGCUCCCGCAGUCACAGAAGCUGCUAGUCUAAAAGGGCUGGCAUCCACUACCACAUUCCCCUCUCGGACAUCUCCAGUGACUACAGCAGGAUCUCUCUUGGAGAGGUCAUCCAUAACCAUGACGCCUCCAGCAUCCCCCAAAUCCAACAUUAACAUGUACUCUUCGAGUUUGCCACUUAAAUCGGUCAUCACAUCAGCAUCUUCACUUUUAUCGUCCCCUCUAAAGUCAGUGGUGUCACCUGCUAAGUCAGCAGUUGAUGCUGUUUCAUCCACUAAAGUCAUGAUGGCCUCGUCUCUCUCGUCGCCAGCAAAACAUGUAGCUGGGCACACAGACGUCCCAUUGCUUAAUGGGUCUGUGUCACCUCUGAAAUACCCAUCUUCUGCCAACUUAAUAAAUGGAUCCAAAGCUGCAGCUGUUUUUCAAGACAAGAUUGCUGCAGCUGCACAUUCUGCAAGUUGUGCUGCUAACGCAGUUGCUGACACGGCUGAGAGAGUGUUUUCAACAGCUACAACAAUGUCAUUUUCUCCACUCAGGUCAUUUGUAUCUUCAGCACCAUCAGCUUUCCAGUCAAUGAGAACUGCUCCUGCAGGUGCUUUGUACACAGCCCUUGGGUCAAUAUCUGCAACUACCUCAUCAGUAACUUCAUCAACAAUAACAGUGCCAGUAUAUUCUGUAGUCAAUGUUUUGUCUGAACCAGCAUUAAAGAAGCUCCCAGAGUCGUCUUCACUUACAAAAUCAGCUGCUGCGUUACUGUCACCUAUUAAAACAUUGACUACAGAGGCACGCACACAGCCUACCUUUAAUCGAACUUCAUCUCCAAUAAAAUCAUCCUUGUUUUUAGCACCCUCUGCUCUCAAAUUGUCCACACCUUCUUCUUUAUCCUCCAGUCAGGAGAUACUGAAAGAUGUUGCUGAAAUGAAAGAGGAUCUGAUAAGAAUGACUGCAAUAUUGCAGACAGAUGUCGCAGAGGAGAAACCGUUCCAACCUGACAUACCAAAAGAGGGUAGAAUUGAUGAUGAAGAGCCCUUUAAAAUUGUUGAGAAAGUAAAAGAGGACUUAGUAAAAGUUAGUGAGAUUCUGAAAAAAGAUGUAUGUUUAGAAAGUAAAGGGUCGGCUAAAGUAUCCAAAAGUGAUCAAGGACACCUGUCUGAGGAUGACUGGGUAGAGUUCAGUACAGAGGAGAUUGAUGAAGCGAGACAGCAAGCUUUGACAAGCCCUCCUGUAUCUGUUCCAGAGAAGGUCCAAAUUAAAACUAAAACCAUGUCGGAAAAGGAUUAUAGCUUGUCAAAAGUUAUUGAUUACUUAGCAAAUGAUAUCGGUAGCAGUUCAUUAACAAACAUAAAGUACAAGUUUGAAGAGGGGAAAAAAGAAGGUGAAGAGAGACAAAAGCGCAUUUUAAAACCAGCUAUCGCUUUGCAGGAACAUAAACUUAAAAUGCCUCCAGCCUCCAUGAGGCCUUCAACAUCGGAAAAGGAGUUGUGCAAGAUUGCAGACUCCUUUUUUGGAACAGACACUAUUUUAGAGUCUCCAGAUGACUUUUCUCAACACGAUCAAGAUAAAAGUCCCUUGUCUGACAGUGGCUUUGAAACAAGGAGUGAAAAGACACCUUCUGCCCCGCAAAGUGCUGAAAGCACAGGGCCAAAACCACUUUUCCAUGAUGUACCCAUCCCUCCCGUCAUUACAGAAACAAGAACUGAAGUAGUUCAUGUUAUCCGCAGCUACGAACCAUCCUCUGAAGAAAUUGCAGAGCAUAAGGCAGAGGAGCUGCCGGCCUCAAAACCUACCCCUACGUUUAUGGAGCUGGAGCAAAAACCUUCUGGGUCUAUUAAAGAGAAGGUUAAAGCUUUUCAAAUGAAAGCCAGCGGCAGUGAAGAAGAUGACCAUAAGUGUGUCCUUAGUAAAGGUGUCCGAGUAAAAGAAGAAACUCAUAUCACUACGACAACCAGGAUGGUCUAUCAUAAACCUCCUUGCACAGAAAGUACAUCUGAAAGAAUUGAGGAAACAAUGUCUGUUCAUGACAUAAUGAAAGCCUUUCAGUCUGGACGUGACCCUUCCAAAGAACUGGCAGGUCUGUUUGAACAUAAAUCAUCAGUAACGUCCGAUGUUAGCAAGUCUGCUGAAACUUCACCACAACAUGCAGAGAAGGACAGCAAAAUGAAACCCAAACUGGAGCGAAUAAUAGAGGUCCAUAUUGAACAAGGUAAUCAGGCUGAACCUACUGAAGUCAUUAUUAGAGAAACAAAAAAGCAUCCAGAGAAAGAAAUGUAUGUAUAUCAGAAAGACUUACCUCGGGGAGAUAUUAACUUAAAAGAGUUGGAAAAACAUGAUGCUUUCCCUUGUUCAGAUGAACAAGGUCAGCAAGAAGAAGAGGAGCUCACGGCCGAAGAGUCACUUCCUUCUUAUCUGGAAUCCUCUAGAGUUAACACUCCCGUGUCCCAGGAAGAAGACAGUCGCCCUAGUUCUGCUCAACUCAUGUCUGAUGACUCUUACAAAACACUGAAGCUUUUGAGUCAGCACUCAAUAGAAUACCAUGAUGAUGAGUUGUCAGAACUAAGAGGGGAGUCUUACAGGUUUGCUGAGAAAAUGCUUCUUUCAGAAAAGCUAGAUGUGUCUCAUUCUGAUACUGAGGAGUCAGUUACUGACCAUGCUCUACCCCUUAGUGCAGAGUUACAGGGGACUGAUAAACGAUGCAGAGAAAAAGUAGCUACUGCCCCCAAAAAAGAGAUUCUCUCCAAAAUCUAUAAGGAUGUGUCUGAAAAUGGUGUAGGUAAAAUGUCUAAAGAUGAUCAUUAUGAUAAAGUGACAGUGUUACACUACACUGGAGAUGUUAGUAGUCCAAAACAUGCGAUGUGGAUGCGCUUUACUGAGGACAGAUUAGACAGAGGUAGAGAAAAGUUGAUAUAUGAAGACAGGGUGGACAGGACUGUUAAAGAGGCAGAAGAAAAACUCACUGAAGUAUCACAGUUUUUUCGGGAUAAAACAGAGAAGUUGAAUGAUGAGCUACAGUCUCCAGAGAAAAAGCAGCAUAAAAAAAAUGGCAAGGAAAUACAUUCUAGCCAGAGCUCUGCCAGCAGCAGCCCCGAGAAAGUUCCGCUCUCUGAACUGCCAUCGUCCAGGGAUGAAUGGAGUAAGGUGAAGCAGUAUGCACACAAUGGGAAAUGCUUCCCCAAGGUGGAUGAAAGAAAAGCAUCCAGUUUGCCCAGCAGUCCUGAAAAAAGGAUAUUUGUGCAACACACAGAGGACUCUAAACGAACUAUGGAACACAAAGGAAGUGCUCAGCAGACUGGAGUACCUGAGGCUGGAUUUCAGCUGAAGCAAUCAAAGCUCAGUUCCAUUAGGCUUAAAUUUGAACAAGGUAUAAGUCCAAGGAGUAAGGAUAUAACUCAAGAAGAAAAAAAGCUGGAUGGUCAGUCCAAAAUUCCAGUAAAGAAAUUGCAAGAAAGUAAGUUACCAGUGUAUCAGUCUUAUUCCAGAGAGAAACAUGCAAAGCAAGUAGAGGUCGUUGAUGGGAGGACUGCUUUGCAGAAAGAGGUGAAAAUACAGGAAGACCUUGUUCCAGGUAAAGGGAAAGCUACUGAAGACUCUCGUGCUUCAGACACACAAAAACAAAGAACUGAGACGAGGAAAGGCGUGCCAGAAUGCCUUCCAGAACCGCAGGCAAAAGAGCUGGCGUAUGGCUCAGACUCAACAACGAAGGGACACUGGGACAAAAAAAUCUAUAGGACGUGGGAAAGUCCUGGAACUUCUAACCAUAAGACACAGAAAGAAAAACUUUCGCAUGUGCUGGUUCCAGAUACAGUAAAAGAAAACCACGUUGAUCACGCUGAAUCUAAAACUGACAAAGAAAGUGAAUUUAUCACUGUGACAGAGCACAAACUGGCCACAAACGGAAUUCAUUCAGAAGAAGUGAAGGAACUGACUGUAAAAUCUCCCUCAAAAAGGGUUUUAUACAGAGAAUUUGUUGUCAGGGAGGGGGAACGUAAUGGUGAAGUGGCUGAUAAAAUAUCCAAAAGGAAAGAAGAAAUUGCUGUGUCCCAUAUUCCAGUCAGAAUUGUUGAGGAGAAGAGAGCCAUGCUUGAUGGUGUCUAUGAACUUUCAGCUAAAGUGUCCCAAUCAGCUGUGAUUAAGGAGAAGGUUGAAAGACAGAUUGAUUAUGUGGAAGAUGAAAAAAUAAAGCAUUCAGAAAUCAGAAAAGUUACUAAGCAGCAGAGCUCAAUAGGCCUAAGUCCUCCUGCUGAGGAAACAGAACUAUCCCCUAGCAAAUCACCAGAUUCUUUAGAAUGUAGCCCAGGAAAGGAGUUUCCUUCAAGUGACGUAGUUGAGCCCGGUGACAGUGAUUACUUGGAUAAAGUUGCACCGCUAGUGAGCACUGAGGGAGUAAAAGAAAUUAAGACCUUACCUGUUUAUGUCAGUUUUGUUCAAGUAGGAAAGCAAUAUGAGAAAGAGGUGCAACAAGGAAAUAUUAAAAAAAUUGUCAGUCAGGAGAGUAAGACAGUACAGGAGACAAGGGGGACAUUUUACACAGCUAGACAGCAAAAACAACCUCCUUCUCCACAAGGUAGUCCAGAAGAUGACACGCUAGAACAAGUGUCCUUUAUAGACAGCUCUGGUAAAAGCCCUUUAACACCAGAAACACCGAGUUCAGAGGAAGUGAGUUAUGAGUUUACAUCUAAAACACCUGACUCACUAAUAGCUUAUAUCCCAGGCAAACCCAGCCCUAUACCUGAGGUGUCUGAGGAGUCAGAGGAGGAAGCAGAGGCUAAGUCAACAUCUGUGAAACAGGCAGAGGUUGAGGAGCCACAGAUUGACAAAGCAUUGCCUAAUCUUAUAAAUAAGGACUCUAACAAAAGACCCAAAGGUAACAGAGUUGCCUAUAUUGAAUUCCCUCCUCCUCCACCACUGGAUGCAGACCAAGGCGAGUCAGAAAAGAAGUCCCAUUGUUCCACUGAGAGUGAAAUGGAGAUGACCGAAGUGAACUUGCAAGAUGAACAUGACAAAUGCCAACUGGCUGAACCUGUCAUAAGAGUACAGCCGCCGUCUCCUGUGCCACCGGGAGCAGAUGUCAGUGACUCCAGUGAUGACGAAUCUCUCUAUCAACCUGUUCCGCUUAAAAAGUAUACGUUCAAACUGAAGGAGCUGGAAGAUGACCAGAAAGAAACCUCAAAACCCAGAGCCCCUGAAAAGAUUGAGAAACAGAAAGAGUUAGGACAUCCCACUUCUGGGAAACCUAAUGAGUUUGACAUUGAUUCACCCCAGAAUGAUGUAGUGCAAAAUGGGAGUAACAAUGACCAGUCUGUCACAGAGUGUUCCAUAGCAACCACUGCAGAAUUCUCCCAUGAUACCGAUGCGACAGAGAUUGACUCUCUUGACGGUUAUGAUUUGCAAGAUGAAGAUGAUGGUUUAACUGAGAGUGAUUCUAAACUUGCAGGUCCGGCAGUUGAAACCAAAAAGGACGUAUGGACUACAGAAGGCAUUCUAAAGCAGACUGAUCGCUCAUUUAGCCAGAGUAAGCUUGAAGUCAUUGAGGAGGAAGGCAAGGUAGGCCCUGAAGAAGACAAGACACCUUCAAAGGGUCCAGCUUCUGAAAAAGCCGGAGAUAAGAGCGAUAAGAAGUCAGGGGCACAGUUUUUCUCUUUGGAAGGCAGACACCCUGACAGGACUGUAUUUCCUGAUUCGUAUUUCAGUUACAAAGUAGAUGAAGAAUUUGCAACACCUUUCAAAACUGUGGCCACUAAGAGUCUAGAUUUUGAUCCGUGGUCCAAUAACCGAGGUGACGAUGAAGUGUUUGAGACUAAAUCAAGGGAUGAUGAGGCUAAGCCAUUUGGUCUGGCAGUGGAAGACAGAUCUCAAGCAACAACACCUGACACAACUCCAGCCAGAACUCCAACAGAUGAGAGUACGCCAACUAGCGAGCCCAACCCCUUCCCAUUUCAUGAGGGGAAGAUGUUUGAGAUGACUCGCAGUGGUGCAAUUGACAUGAGCAAGAGGGAUUUUGUUGAAGAAAGACUCCAAUUUUUUCAGAUUGGUGAGCAUACUUCUGAAGGGAAGUCAGGGGACAAGGGGGAAGGGGAUAAAAGUACAGUCACUGCCAUCACACAGCCACAGGCAGGGGACAGCACUGUAGAGACAAACGUAGAGAGACCGGUAGAAACAACAGCAGUUGAACAUAAGCCCGGCAUCCAGGCCAGUGGAGAUUGCAUGGAACAAACACUUGGUAGUAACUCACUGGAGAAAUCAUCGGCAGCAGUAAACGCUUCCAAAGUUGAUCCCAAAUUGCGCACACCAAUUAAAAUGGGAAUUUCUGCUUCCACCAUGACUCUGAAGAAAGAUGGCCCUGGCGAAGUGGCAGAUAAGAUAGAAGCUGUGAUGCCAAGUGGUCAGGGAUUAGAAAAUGAAACUGUAGCAGUGAUUGCGAGUUCAGCUUCUAGCCAAACAAGCUGUAGGCAAUCAGAAAACACUGAUUUUCCCAAAGAUAAUUUUAAUAACAACAACAAUUUGGAUUCAUCUGCUGUCCCUACAGAUGAUAUUACCUGUAAUGUAGUGCUAAAAGAACAUUUGGAACCAAAAUGUUCCCUCCAGAAAGCUAAUCAAGCAAAAAGCACUUCAGGAAAAGGUACAGGGACAACACAAGGACACAGAGUAAGAGAUAAGCAAAAACCACAUGGAGAGCAGCAAAAGUCAACAGAGUUGGUAGGGGCUAGAGGAAAAUCAAAGCUUCCUGUAAAGGCCAGCUCAGUAAAACAAGCCUUUUCACAAAAUAAUCUCCAAAGCAAUACAGGGAGUAAAGUGAGAGGGGCUAGUAAGCCUGACAAAGCAAAACAAAAUAAUUCUUCUCCCUGUCUAGAAGCAAGGUCUAGGAUUCCUGUAAAAAAUACACAUAGGAGUAAUCUAGCUAGAAGAACUCCGGCCCUGCCAAAACAAGAGCAGGUAGAGAAAGAAAAAACAAAACAACUUCCUUCUAAAUUACCAGUAAAGGUAAGAUCUACCUCCGUCACCGUGACAACAGUUAAAGUAAAGAAAAAUCAGCUUAGGGAGGUAUGUAAACAUUCUAUUGAAUAUUUUAAGGGAAUUAGUGGUGAGACAUUAAAGCUUGUGGAUCGUCUAUCUGAUGAAGAGAAAAAGAUGCAGUCAGAGGUCUCUGAUGAUGAAGAAGACAGUACAUCAAGGAACACAUCCUUAUCAGAAGCUACUCAAGUUUACCAGCCUUCCAUUACACCGAAGUCUGCUAGAGACAUGAGAACAGAGGCAGCAUCUAUAAAAUCAAAGAUUGAAAAGGCCGACAGUGAGAGGAGGAGGAGUAAGAGGACUGGUCCACAGAGUCCAUGUGAACGGACAGAUAUAAGGAUGGCAAUUGUAGCAGAUCACCUAGGACUUAGCUGGACAGAACUGGCAAGAGAACUGAAUUUUUCUGUGGAUGAAAUAAAUCAAAUCCGAGUAGAAAACCCAAAUUCUCUUAUUGCUCAAAGCUUCAUGUUAUUAAAAAAAUGGGUUACCAGAGAUGGGAAGAAUGCUACAACUGAUGCCUUAACUUCUGUAUUGACAAAAAUUAAUCGAAUAGAUAUCGUGACCCUGUUGGAAGGACCAAUAUUUGAUUAUGGAAAUAUUUCAGGCACCAGAAGUUUUGCAGAUGAAAAUAACGUUUUUCAUGAUCCCAUUGAUGGUUAUCCCUCCAUUCAAGUGGAACUGGAAACUCCCACUGGGUUGCGCUUCGUGCCGCCCACCCCUUUCCAUCAGGACGAUUUCUUUAGCGACACCUCUAGCCUAGAGUCACCCCUUAGAACUCCCAGUAGACUGAGUGACGUGUUAGUGACCUCCCAGGGACAAGUAGAUGGUACAGCAGCAGCACCGCCAGUGGUGACUGAAGAAGACACUUCACUGGAUGACAGCAAAGUCGAUUUCUCAGUGCCUAGAGAAGGAAUACCUAAAGAUAUUUCCAUAGGCGAGAGCCAGUUGGAGGAAGUGGACCUUAAGGAUUUUCCACGGUAUCUUGGUAGUUAUGGCGGGAUAUCAAAAGAUGCUAAACAAAGGCAGAGUGAAGAGACUAGUAAAAGAGGAGUAAGGACUGAACAGCCUGAGAGAGAAAAGUCUGGUACUGAUGAGGAGAUGACGGCAGAAAAGUUUAAGUCUCUGUUUGAGGACAUUCAUCUGGAAGAAGGAGCUGAGUCUGAGGAGAUGACGGAAGAGAGAGUAUGGUCAAUUCUUAAAGGUGUUCAACAAGCAGAACACGAAAUGUCUUCAAUUACAGGUUGGCAGCCUGACUCGUCAAGUGUCUCUGAGCCACCGACGUCGGGACGCAGGAUAGGUGGUAGCCUGCUAGAUCGCUUGGAUGAUAGUUCGGACCAAUGUCGAGAUUCUGUUACCUCAUACGUCAAAGGAGAAGCAGGGAAGCCAGAAACAAAUGGAAGUCUAUCCGAAUCCACAUCAGAGGCAAAAACUAAAUCCUACAUCCAGGAAUCUUUAAAUGAUGUGGGAAAACACAGUGACAAAGAAGCCCUGAAAACAAAGCCCCAGAUCUCAACUGGUACUGAUGAGCAAACGUUAUCAUCAACAGGAUAUCAGAAAUCUUUGGAAGAGACUAGCAAGCCAACAACAGAAGGCAGCAAAACAUCUGUGCCUGUCAGUGUGAAGAAGAUGGGCUGGAGUACUUCUGAGGAUGGCAAGCCAAGAACAAGCAUCCAAGAGGAGGAGGGAGCAGUAAUGUCUGAACAGAAGGAAUGUAGUGACAGUGACAGUGAGAUUGAGAGUGAUUCGAGCUCAGGUGAAGAGCAGAGAAUUACUACAAGAGUUUAUCGCCGGCGGUUGAUUCUGAAGGGUGAGGAGGCAAAAAACAUUCCCGGUGAAUCUGUAACAGAGGAACAGUUUACCGACGAAGAAGGCAACGUCAUCACGAGAAAAAUCACCCGGAAGGUAGUAAGACGCUUUGUUAUCCCCCAUGAGAGAAAAGUUGGUGAAAUGCAGGGGGAAGCUUAUAAGGUUAAGACAAAGAAAGAAGUCAGACACGUGGAGAAGAAAAGUUACUCAUGAAAGCUGAAAGCCGACCAUGGAACGGACUGUGUGCUUUUACUGCCAGUAUUCUAGAGGGACAGUAAUGGAAGAAAAAUCAACAGGAAUUAAACAUUCACCUAUAAAAGUGUGCGUGUGUUUGCUGCUUCCCCACAUUAACCGCAUGGUUUUUAUGCAAAAAGAAAAAAAACAAACAAAAAAAAAAACCCAAACAAAAAAAAAAUUAAUUUAGCAUGAGCCAAUUUACAGAGCAUGGAAAUUCACGUUCAUUCACAGGAUUGGAGGGUGCGCAGUUACCAAUGCAGUGUAUAUACAAGAUGCCAUGCUGUUAACAGCUUCUUUCAAGCAGUUUGAUGUCAUCUCAAAAGAAAUAAAUUCCUGUGGCCAGAGAGGAUGUGCGAAGACAAAAUUGUUAAACCAUGGAAAGACACUAAAAUUACUAAAAUCCACAACAGCUCGCCUUAUUUUUCUUGGACCCAAACUGUCAGGGUAUAAAACACUAUUUGUUUCUUUUUUAAACAUCAAUAGUUUUGCUGUAAAUAAAUAACACUGUAUAAAUUCUAACAAAAUAGAAUAAAUGUUGAUAAGGCACUGCCUUUUCGAUCACAAACAGAAUAUUGCAAAUGCAUUGAGCAGGCUAGGUGUCUCAAAUAGCUGCACCUACAGGGAUAUUCUGGGUGUAUCUUCACAGAUUCUUGUAUAUUAGCAAUUAUAAUGUUUGUAUAUGCAAAAAUGCUAGCUUGAUUUUAAAAAAAUCUUUAAAAUCUGCUGCAAAUUUAAAUGAUUCCCAAAAUGAGGAAUUCUGUAGUUCUGUGAAAAUUUUUCUUCAGAGUACUAAUAUUUUGAUGCAUGUGUUUCACCUUAUUUUGAUUAAAUCUUUUCCAGUUUUGCAAACACUAUACCGCAACAUGAAAAAUAAGAUUUUAUCUGUAAACACAAAGCCCUUCAUCUAAUAUUUGUUGCUGUUGCCAAUUUUUCAAUGAAAUGACCUAAGACCCAUAACAUAUACAGUAGUUGCAUUAUGGGGAGGGGGGUGCUAUCUGUUCUCGCUUUAUAAUGGGGGUAAUGCUUGCAGCUUUAGAAGUGGGUUGGUGCUCCAAGGAGCACAAGUUUGGGAUAUUUUUAAAUGAACUGAAGAGAAAUUAUUAGCUAAUAGACUGGCAGCACGCUGUAAAAUUAUUACUGUAUUGUGUACUGGCUAUAAGAUGUAGAAUCUUUCAGUAAGCCAAUCAUCUGUAAUCAUCCUAGCAGUGUAAUAUUAGGUUGUUAAGGCUGCUGUGUUUUAAAGGGCAUUUUUAUUUGGGUUUUGGUGAAAUACUUUAAUUUGUUGAUUAUAUUCAUAUGGAAACAGCAUUCAUUGAUAAUAGCUCUAAUUACAUAUGUAUGAAAACAACAAACACUGGAUGAUCUAGUUGAUUAUUUAAGCAUAAAAUAAAUUGUGUUAAAACUCUUGGAUAA